AUGGCAGGUUUUGGUAAGGAAUUCAUCCUCGACAAAGAUGAGAACUUUGACGAGUUCGUGGCCAGCUUAGGCAUUUCAGAAGAUAAGGCGGAACUCGUGCGAAAACAUAAAUCUGCACAGAAGCUCGUAAAACUUGGGGACGAUGAAUAUGUUUUCGUAAUCGUUAGUCAUCGCGGCACCAAAGAACUUAAAUUCACUAAUGGUGUCGAAUUCGACGAGGAAGUUGCAGAGGGAAUUGUUGCAAAGUCCACCUUUACAGUGGACGGUAAUGUAGUAAUUCAACAACAGAAAUUCGAAGAUGGUCGAUCUCUCACUUUCAAAAGAGAAUUUUCCGAAGACUCGCUUGUAGUGACGAUAACAUCAAGCUUUUGGGAUGGAAGCGCAAAAAGAUACUACGUUCCAGUUCAAAAU